AUGGUGCAGAUUGAUGCUGGUAGGGGUCAGGUGUUUGGAGUCAACCGUGGGCACGAGAUCUUCACACGGUCUGGGAGUUCUUGGUUGCAGUUACCAGGAAAAUUGCUGGAGCAUGUAACCGUGGGGCCAGCUGGAGUCUGGGGGGUGAGCGGGAAAUACAACAUCUUCAAACUUGUCGCUGGAGAUUGGGUGCUAGUCCCUGGAGACCAGGACAUCCCUGGUCACCUGAAAUAUUACAGCUGUGGCCCUGUCAGCUGCUGGGGAGUGAGCCACCAAAACAAUAUCUACAUUAGGAAGGACUCAGGUACAGGCUAG